GUUUAUGGUCAGAAGAAGUUUUGCCCAAAUGAUAGAGGAAGAUCUCAGAGUGCUGAUCUAUAGUGGCCUGAUUGAUAAGUACUCUGUCAAGCCUACGCAAAACUCUGCCUUUAGUUCUGUUGCCCAUCCAUGUGAAAGUGUUUCCCUGAAGGCAAGGGUCCAGAAGGCUACAUGUGAGAAUGCAAUCCGUGAAGUCUUCCAUGCUUUUGAGGCAAGGAGGAACAUUACCCUGAUGCUCAGUGAGGGUAGUGACAGUAUUAAAGUCCCCUCCCACUAUCCAUGGUUGAUCCACUGGAUUGUGAUUAGUGAUAGAUUCCCAGAGAUGCAGUCUUUCGUUUCUGGUGUGUUUCCCAUAAACCGAGCUGAUAUAGAUAGGAGAGUGAUUGGGAGAAUUUGUGAAAAGGCAGGUAGUGACCUGGUCACCUUCCUGGACUUGAGACAAUUUCGUGAACAAGGCUUAAAUGUGACACCUGACGAGAUUUUUGUAUCUACAGUCACAAAACAUGAUGCUAAGAAUCGUGUUCAUGGUGUUGGAGAUCUUGCACAGAGCCUACCACGAAUGCAUGCAAGCAGUUUCGGUGAAGGGAGUGGAGAAGAAGGUGUGGGUGUUUAUGAGAUCAGGAGGGGCAGUAGCUUCUCUGUGAAGAUCACAAACUAUGGCGCAACUGUUAUCUCUGUCACCCUCCCUGAUAAACAUGGAAAAGUAGAAGAUGUAGUUCUUGGAUUCGACUCGGUGGAGGACUACAAGAAUGACACAACUUAUUUUGGUGCCAUAGUUGGGCGGGUAGCUAACAGGAUUGGGGGAGCAAGAUUCAAACUCAAUGGCACUGUGUACAAACUGCCAAACAAUGAUCAUGGCAACACUCUCCAUGGUGGUACCAGAGGAUUCAGCGAUGUGAUCUGGACCGUGGAAGAUUACAAGAAGGAUAGUCAUCUGACUCUAUCCUACCACAGCUACGACGGAGAACAAGGAUUUCCCGGGGAGCUUGAUGUGAAGUUGACAUAUAUGUUCAUCGGCGAAAACAAGCUUGGCGUGAGAAUGAAAGCCAAGGCAGUGAACAAGGCUACACCAGUAAACCUGGCAUCACACACCUACUGGAAUCUCAGAGGCCAUGACAGUGGGAAUAUCUUGUCGCAUAAGAUCCAGAUAUUCGGCUCCAAGAUCACUCCUGUCAAUGAAGAGCUCAUCCCCACAGGUGCCAUUGAAUCAGUAAAGGGCACACCGUAUGAUUUCCAGCAGCCACAGGCGAUUGGGACCCGGUUGGAUGAGCUACCCGGUGGAUACGAUAUCAACUACGUAUUGGACGACGCGGGGUCCACAAAUUUGGGCAUGGCUGCCGUGUUGGAACUGCUGGGUGAGCUCCCUGGUGGCUAUGACAUCAACUACGUGUUUGACAGCCGGGUGCUGAGGAGUUUGAGCAUGGCUGCGGUGGUGGAAGAGGGGAAAUCAGGGCGAAAGAUGGAAAUGUGGACUAACAUGCCCGGGGUUCAGUUCUACACAAGUAAUUCGCUGAAAGACACCAAGGGGAAAGGCGGAUUCGUGUACAAAAAACAUGCGGCUUUGUGCUUGGAAACUCAAGGCUUUCCAGAUGCGGUGAACCACCCGAAUUUCCCUUCGCAGAUUGUGAACCCGGGCGAGACUGAUGGUAGAGUGUUAGUUGAGACUGCCAAGGUGGCUAAGCACUGGGGGGAGUACUUUUGUGAACUCUUAAAUGCGGGAGGAGAGCAGAGGCUAGUUCUUGAUGAGCUGGGGCAAUCCGGGGCGUCUCGUGUAUAUUGCCGGCGCAUUUGCCUGGAAGAGGUGGUUCGGGCUCUCCGCGGGAUGCGUAGUGGGAGAGCUUUGGGACCAGAUGAGAUUCCGGUGGAGUUCUGGAAGCAUGCGGGUCGUGGUGCGUGGGUUUGGUUAACCAAACUCUUCAAUGUUAUCUUCCGGACAGCAAGGAUGCCAGAUGAGUGGAGGGAGA